CGGGCUCUUAUUGUGAAAGCGAGGGGAGGCCGGUACAAUGCUUAGUCACGGUGAGUUACAGCUUUGCCCCCCUCCUUCCUAUGUGGCGCACAGCUCGGCAGACCGCGAUGGAGGAAUUGAACUAGACUACUUGUCAGCUGAGCCAAAAGCUUCCUGGUAAACACAGCGGUGCAAACAGAUUCCAUAGCUGGGUAACCUCGAGGAAACUGUCUCUGGAGAAAGCCACCGAACACCUCCCCAAGUUACCCUUAUGACACUUUUGGCACUUGACCCUGUUUUUAUUUUCCCUUUUCAAAGUCAACAAGCCUUCUACUGCCUCAUCUACAGUAUCUGUCUCUGCAGCUCUCAGCGCAAGUGUAGCCCUCUGAAGGGAGAUUUAAUUAUUACCUCUUAAAAUGAAGCCGUAAAUCUGACUCCUUUUUUCCCCUCUCUGGAGUAAUCAGUAUGCAAGACUGACCUGCACCAGUGGUUAAUCUCUCAAGAAUUUAGAUUAAUGUUCAGAUAUGUUCAUUUUUUACGUUUGGGAUAUCUGAGGAGCUACUGUGUUGGAGAAAUUUUACCCAGACUAAAUACAUUAGGUGACAAACUCCAGAGACAGACAGAAAAGAGACAGAUAGUUUUAUUUGUCAGGACUGAUUGACAAGUUUCUGUAGAUCCCUGAAGAGAGGCAAGAAAAACACAAACAUCUGAAAGUCUCAAAGUCUUUUGAGUCUCGCACUUGUUCAGUUUACACUGUCAUAAAAACAUUCUGUACCUGAUAUUUUCUCACUCUGUUCUGAAAAGUUGAAUUCCUCGGACAAAGCCAGAAGAAUCCUGAACUCAUUUUGAUCAUGUCGGAACUGCAACAUGUAAAAGUACAAUCAGCCAGGACUGGCAGCUCACAUAGAGGUCUCUAAUAAUGCCAUAAUGAGCAGUAUGACUGGACUCAAGUACUGAACAGAGCAAGGAAAUCCUCAUGUCCACGUAAAUCAGACUUAAACGUGAACUCUUCCACACAAACAGAAAUCGGGUGUCAAGGAGAGCCUGGGGCUUUUGGAUAACCCAAGUGUUGGUUCAAAGUCAUAUUUCACCCACCCCUGUGCAUGGUGCAAGGAUGCCCCAUAACACUGCCCACUGUUCUUGAGGAAGAGACCGAGGAGGAGGAGACAGGAUAGGAAAUGACAGAGUGUCUGACAGAAUGCAAAGCGCUGGUGACUCCAUCCACGCGCAACGGCCACCGGGUCUUCAGCUACACGCUAGAGAGCCACACAGCGGCCGCCUUCGCCAUUAUGAACGAACUGCGUCUGGAGCGUCAGCUGUGCGACGUCACGCUGCGAGUGCGCUACAAAGACCUGGAGGCGGUGGACUUUGUGGCUCACAAGGUGGUGUUGGCCUCCUCGUCACCGGUCUUCAGGGCCAUGUUCACCAACGGCCUGAAGGAGUGUGGUAUGGAGUUGGUGCCCAUCGAGGGGAUCCAUCCCAGGGUUAUGGACCGACUGAUAGAGUUUGCCUACACAGCCAGCAUCUCGGUGGGGGAGAAGUGUGUGAUUCACGUGAUGAACGGAGCUGUCAUGUACCAGAUAGACAGCGUGGUCAAGGCCUGCUGUGAUUUCCUCGUCCAGCAGCUCGACCCCAGCAACGCCAUCGGCAUUGCCAACUUCGCAGAGCAGAUCGGUUGCACGGAGCUCCACCAGAAGGCCCGCGAGUACAUCUACAUGAACUUCAGCCAGGUGGCGACCCAGGAAGAGUUCUUCAACUUGUCCCAUUGCCAGCUGGUCACCCUCAUCAGUCGUGAUGAGCUCAAUGUGCGCUGUGAGUCUGAAGUCUUCCAGGCAUGUGUGGCCUGGGUGCGCUACGACCGGGAGAACCGGCGGCCGUAUGUCCAGGCGUUACUCCAGGCUGUCCGCUGCCAUUCCCUCACCCCCAACUUCCUGCAGGCCCAGCUCCAGUCUCUGGACUGGGACCCCCAGUGCAAAGACUACCUGGCCCAGAUCUUCCAGGACCUCACCCUCCACAAACCCACCAAAGUGAUUUCUUGCCGAACGCCCAAGGUGCCACAGCUCAUCUACACAGCAGGGGGUUAUUUUCGUCAGUCUCUCAGCUACCUGGAAGCGUAUAACCCCUGUACAGGAGCAUGGCUUCGGCUGGCUGACCUGCAGGUACCUCGCAGUGGCCUCGCAGCUUGUGUGAUCAGUGGGCUUUUCUACGCUGUUGGUGGAAGAAACAAUGCACCUGAUGGCAACAUGGACUCAAAUGCAUUGGACUGCUACAAUCCAAUGAACAACUGCUGGCUGCCAUGUGCACCGAUGAGCGUACCCAGGAACCGGAUUGGAGUUGGUGUCAUCGAUGGCAUGAUAUAUGCAGUUGGUGGAUCACAUGGGUGCAUUCAUCACAAUAGUGUUGAAAGGUAUGAUCCAGAAAGGGACCAGUGGCAGCUGGUAGCCCCCAUGUUGACACGGCGUAUCGGUGUGGGUGUUGCGGUCAUCAACCGGCUGCUUUACGCUGUGGGGGGGUUUGACGGGGCCAACCGACUCAGUUCCUGUGAGUGCUACAACCCUGAGAGGGACGAGUGGAAGACCAUGGCCCCCAUGAACACUGUGCGCUCUGGAGCUGGUGUGUGUGCUCUGGGGAAUCAAAUCUUUGUGAUGGGCGGAUACGAUGGCACCAACCAGCUGAACACAGUGGAGCGCUACGAUGUGGAAACUGAUGCGUGGAGCUUUGCUGCCUCCAUGAGGCACCGACGCAGUGCUCUGGGAGUCACUGCAUUACAUGGACGCAUCUAUGUAUUGGGAGGUUAUGAUGGCAACACUUUCCUGGACAGCGUGGAGUGUUAUGACCCUGAGAAGGACACCUGGUCGGAGGUGACGCACAUGACGUCAGGGCGGAGCGGCGUGGGAGUGGCCGUUACCAUGGAGCCGUGCCAGAAAGAAUUGCCACAGUGUCAGAAGUCUGAGAGGGAGAGCGGUAGUGCCUCACCGGCCUAUCAGUCAGCCAACUCCGGUUUUAGCUCUCACCACAAUCAGCGGCAAGGCGGGCCCUUCGGUAAAGGGGCAUGAGGCUCAUCGCUCAACCCUGUCACACACACAAACACACACACACACACACACACACACACACAUACACACAGAUGAGCACCCCAAAACUCCACUCUGUCUUCCCAAAUCAAAAGAAAGACCCUCACAACUGAUUAGAGACAGAGGUGAGCUGAAACACCACAUGCUGCCUCGCUGGUUCUAGAGAUCACACUUGAUGUGAAAGCAAAAAAAAACAACAUAUUAAUCGGUAACACUUUAUUUUAAAAGUGCAAUGUUGAUAGUCAUCUAUAAGGUGACAAAACAAAAAAUCUGGAGUGUCCACUUUGGACUAUCCAAAUCAAGUAUGACCCCAGAUCCAACAGUCCACUUUUCUAGACCUGAAAGUUGAUUAAUUUGUUUGUGUUAAAUUUUGUUCCGCCAAUUCUGAGAGACCUCAGUCCGUCUGUGUUUUCAGAUCUGGUAUUUGAAGUCCUCAGUCAGGCCAUCAUCUCCCAGGUUUGAGCCACGGGAGGAAAGGGCUGCAUACUAAAGAGGGCCAUUUACUGGCUCAAAGAGUCAUCAGGGGCUCUUUAUGCUUCAAGCAAAAGUGAAAUCUGCAGAGACAAAAAAAGAGUAAUUCAAAUGAUCCCAUUAUAUAAAAGAAAAAAACAAAAAAAGUAGCAUUCGUCAGCAUAGGCAUUAGAGUUCAAAGUGCCAUUACGAUGCCAGUGGGCAUUAACUGUCAUCAGUAUAUUGACUUGAGGUGCUUUGACGGAAAGGCACAGACAGUCACUGUGCGGUGAGUAGAAGUUAGUGAAGUUAACCCAGACAGCCUCAAGAUGAAGCUUAUAGAGAAUGGGCCUCAUGCAAGAACAUUUUCUGGAUCCUCAUCCUAAAUCUCUCUUACUUUUAUCUACACAAGUUCCAAGUCAGAGUCAGAAAACUUGUAACUGCACACAUUUGUUGUAAAUUUCAGUCUGAUGAAUGCCACCUGUUCAUGAGUAGGUCUGCAUUUGUGAGGUUCCUACAUAAGCAUAAUCAGCACACUCAAAAUUUCUAUUUGAAGCUACUUGUUUAGCUCUGUCUCUUUCAUACACAAAAUCAUCCCCUGGGAGUUCAAGGAAAAGAAUCUAACACUGUGGAGUUUCAAGUGCUGAUGUUGGAAAUCAGACACAAACAACAAAUGCAACAGCGUCGUAUUAGGGGACCUGAAUAGGACAAACACACACACUCAAAGGUAGGCUAGAAUGAGAAGCAGCGGUCAGGGUAGCAUGACACUCAGACGAGAGAUUAUAUUCCAUUAAACAGAAGGUGAUGUUACACUGUCGGGUGUUCACCUGAUCUGUAAACUGCGUAAAUAUCCCGAUGCAGCUGUUGGAGUCCUCUGCGAGCAACUGUUGAAUUGUAUAAUUUGUCAACACAAAAAAUGUCAGUGAAAACCUCAAGAAAAGACAACUUUAAAGACAAGAUCUUAGUCACUUGGAAAGCUAUGAUGCAAAUCACACUGAUACUGUGAACCUUUGAGUUUCAUAUGACAGAUCUGGACCACCCCUGAUUUCUGCUGGGACCUAAAAAAAUGGUUAUUGCCAUAAAUUCUCUUAAAUCACUCACACAUAAGUUCAGGAUUGAAUCUUUUUCUUGCAUGAGCCCCAAAGUCUCGAAUUCAAGUGCUGGUACAAGAGAAGCAGGACCUUAAAAUAACUGCAUUGUAACAAAUGUGUUCUUUCACUAAUAGCCACUGGUAGUUUCAUAAAAUGUGAAAUAUUUGGGGACGAUGUUGGGAAAUGAUGGAGUGUUCCUUCUUGUCAGAGAGUCUGGUCCAGUGUAUUUGGUGUGUGGUGUGCCAAGAGAACGAGGAAAACGAGUUUCAACUGUGUUUAGUGGACACAGAAUAUUGUAGCAUUUAAAAACCUGGAUUCAAACAUCUCACUGAACGUGUUUUUAUAAAAACACUACGUACUGACACAGUUGAGAACCUCCCCCCUGCAGUCGACUUUUUGGUUUUCACUUCCGCCAGACCUCAGAAACAGAACAGUGACCAUGUUUGUGCAUCAGUGUUCAGAUAUUGUACACUGAUGACAACAACUUGCAUAAAGAAGUGUAUUUGUAACAGCAAUUUAAGCUACAAAGGUUUUUAAGUGAUGUUUUGUACAUUGAUAUUCUAUGAAGUCUUGUACAGAAUUUCAGAGCUCAGUUUUUUAUUUAUUUGUUCAGGAUCCUUUUGGUUUUCUUGUUCCCUCUGAACUGACAUCAGCUUUCUACUGAAUUGGACUCUGGUGUUGUGUUUUUUGAAUAACUAGCAUGCAUUGUAACUAAGUAGAAAUGCCUGUUCAUGCUAAUUUUGGAUGUUUGUAAAAAAAGACAAAAAAAAAGCUUCACUUUGAAAGGGACUUUUUUUCCUCUCUGUCAGUAGUUGGAAUGGAAAUUAGGAUAUUUAAGGUCUGCUUUGUACAUUUUUUUCCAGCAAAAAUACCCUGUACAAUAAUACAUUGUAAAGUAAAAUAUAUGUUUAUUGUA